ACACUGACUACUGUGCAAAAUGGCGACUCUUGUCAGAACGGGGACAUCGUAUCGUAGAUUAUUAAUUUCAUUUACACAACAGUGUAAAUGUAUUAUACCAAAUAGUAUUACCUGUGUAAGAAGAAAUUAUUCUGAUGACAAAAAUAGUGAAGAAUGUUAUGAUAUUAUUAUUGCAGGAGGUGGUAUGGUAGGAACAACAUUGGCUUGUGCGAUAGCUAAUAAUAGAUGGCUAGAAUCAAAAAGAGUAUUGCUACUAGAAGGUGGAAAUAAACAUGAAUAUGUACCACAAGAGCAGUAUUCAAAUCGUGUAGUUGCUUUAAAUCAACAAACUCGUACUUUGUUAUCCAGCAUAGGAGCAUGGCAACAUAUAGAAGCUGUAAGAUGUUGCUCUGUGAAAAUGAUGCAGGUAUGGGAUGCAUGUUCUGAUGCUAUGAUAACUUUUAAUGAGGAUUAUUUAUCUAAAGAGCUGGCGUACAUAGUAGAAAAUGACUUACUUCUCCAUGCAGUAAAUACACAAUUAUGUGAAAAAUCAAAUGUUAAUGUUGUCUAUAAUGCAAAAGUUACAAAUUUAAUGUUGCCAGAGAUAAUAGGAGAAAAUGUUAAAAUACAACUAGAAAAUGGAAAACAAUAUAAAACAAAAUUAUUGAUAGGAGCAGAUGGAGUUAAUUCUAAAAUACGUCAAGCAAUGAAUGUUCAAUAUAUACAAUGGAAAUACGAUCAAAUGGGAAUUGUUGCUACAUUACAAUUAAGUGAACCAACAGAAAAUAUUGUAGCUUGGCAAAGAUUCCUUCCAACUGGACCAUUGGCUUUACUUCCGUUAACAAAUACGCUCAGUUCAUUAGUAUGGUCUCUUACAACUGAAGAAGCAAAAAAGCUUUUAAAAGUGCCAGAGGAAGAAUUUGUUGAUAAUAUAAAUAAUGCAUUGUGGAAAGUCUAUCCUAAAAAUGGUAUUGUAGAAAGUGGUAUGAAAACUUUACAUCAAUUACUCGAAGGGUUAUCUCUACAAACUGGAAUAUCAAGACAGUUACCACCAUCAAUAUCAAAAAUUAUAGAAGGUUCAAGAGCAGCUUUUCCAUUGGGAUUUGGACAUUCUGCAUCAUAUGUUACACUUGGAACAGUUUUAGUUGGAGAUGCAGCACAUCGUGUUCAUCCUUUAGCUGGUCAAGGUGUUAAUUUAGGCUUUGGAGAUAUUAUUGUUUUAGUAAAAGUUCUUGCGGAAGCAGUUACAGAUGGUGCUGUACUUAGUAACAUGACAUACUUAAAUAGAUAUGAGACUUUACGUCAACGUCAUAAUAUUCCUACAAUGCUAGCUAUAGAUGCUCUUCAUCGAUUGUACAAAGGAACUGCAGCUCCUAUUAUUCUGGCACGAAGUUUAGGAUUACAAUUAACAAAUGCCAUACCAAUAUUAAAGAAAACUUUAAUACAGCAUGCAUCCAACCAAAAUACAUGUUAAUCAAUUUUUAGAAAUAUUGAUUAUUACAAUAACAUUGUAACAGAGAAAUGAAUAGUUUAUUUUAUUUGAAGAAUAUAUAAACCUUAAUAUA